UGAAGCCGGAGAGUUUGCUCGAGGAGCGUUGUCCUUAAAUCGAGCCGAGGGUUGCGAUUGGCCCAAGGCUAGGAGGGGGCGUGUCUCGGCGGCUACCGCGGCCUUCGCGGGUGUGGAUGGCGGGUGAGGAAGACCUAGGGUGUCUGCAUCUCUCGGCGGUAGUCUCGCGAGGCGGCGCAAGCGGGAUUUGGCGGCGGCUGAGGCUGCUGCCUGCUUGCCUCCCUCCCACCCUCCUAACGAAGAACUGGUGGUGUUUGUGUGGAAGGGGGAGGAGGCGGCGGCGGAAGAGAAGGAAGGAAAGCCAGAGAAGCCUGAGUCCCACCGACGUCGGGCAGAGGAGUGGACUCGAGGCCCUGUGCUAGGCUUGGGCCCGCCGCCGCCGCCGCCGCUGGCGGCUCAGCCACCAUGGCCUCAGGAGAUACCUUGUACAUUGCCACAGAUGGCUCGGAAAUGCCCGCCGAGAUCGUGGAACUGCACGAGAUCGAGGUGGAGACCAUCCCAGUGGAGACUAUUGAGACUACUGUGGUGGGCGGCGAGGAGGACGAGGACGAUGAAGAGGACGACGAGUGUUGCGAGGACUGCGGCCCUCAUCACCCGCCCCACCGCCGCCACCACCACCACCACCAUCAUCACCACCACCCGCCCAUGAUCGCCUUGCAGCCGCUGGUCACCGACGGCGACCCGAGUGGUGGGGGAGUCGGGGCCGGCGGGGGCCAGCUCCACCUGCACCACCACCCGCACCAUCAGGAGGUGAUCCUAGUGCAGACGCGCGAGGAGGUGGUAGGAGGCGACGACUCGGACGGUUUGCGGGCCGAUGAUGGCUUCGAGGACCAGAUUCUCAUUCCAGUGCCGGCUCCGGCCGGCGAGGAUGAGUACAUCGAGCAGACUCUGGUCACCGUGGCGGCCGCGGGUAGUAAAGGCGGCUCGGGCGGAGGUUCUUCCUCUGGCGGUGGCCGGGUGAAGAAAGGUGGCGGGAGCGGCAAGAAGAGCAGUAAGAAGAGUUAUUUGACGGGAGGCGGCGGCGGAGCCGAAGGGGGCGGCGGCGCCAGGAAAUGGGAACAGAAGCAGGUGCAGAUCAAGACCCUGGAGGGGGAGUUUUCGGUCACCAUGUGGGCCUCGGAUGACAAAAAAGACAUUGACCAUGAGACUGUGGUGGAAGAACAGAUCAUUGGUGAGAACUCCCCUCCUGACUACUCUGAAUACAUGACGGGAAAGAAGCUACCACCUGGAGGAAUACCUGGGAUUGAUCUUUCUGAUCCUAAACAAUUGGCUGAAUUUGCAAGAAUGAAACCAAGAAAAAUCAAAGAAGAUGAUGCACCAAGAACGAUAGCAUGUCCUCAUAAAGGCUGCACAAAGAUGUUCAGGGAUAAUUCGGCCAUGAGGAAGCAUCUACAUACUCAUGGGCCUCGGGUACACGUCUGUGCAGAAUGUGGAAAGGCCUUUGUUGAGAGCUCAAAGCUAAAGAGGCAUCAAUUAGUUCAUACUGGAGAAAAACCUUUUCAGUGCACAUUUGAAGGCUGUGGCAAACGCUUUUCACUGGACUUCAAUUUACGCACACAUGUGCGAAUUCAUACUGGAGAUAGGCCCUAUGUGUGCCCUUUUGAUGGCUGUAAUAAGAAGUUUGCUCAAUCAACUAAUCUGAAAUCUCAUAUCUUAACACAUGCUAAGGCCAAAAACAACCAGUGAAACUGCAAGAAGAAAGCUCUUGAACUCAAAACAUCUUUUACCUUACAGGAGAAUGGUUGAAAAUAAAUAAGCUUCCCCUUUGUAUAUUGUUUCUAGGAAAGAAUUUAAAAAACACACACAAAAAAAUGAACCUUACAUGCCUAAGGGACUUGUUUUUGAUAAAGUAGCAAAAUAAACUUUAAGGCAGCAUUGCUCCAAUGCUCCAUUUUGCUCUGUAAUUUGGUUUCAAGAGCAUGAUGUUUUUGUAAAGUGUGAUCCUACCUGGAAGAGACAGACAAUUCAUGGACUUGCAUCAAAGAAAGUUCUUUCUACAAACAGUGCUAAAAUUGGACUUUUCACAUUGUUAUAAAUAUGAUGCUCACCUGUUGCUUACAAUUUUUUAAUUUUGUAUUUUCAAAGUGUGCAUAUUGUACACUUUUUGGGGAUAUGCUUAGUAAUGCUAUGUGUGAUUUUUUUCUGGAGGUUGAUAACUUUGCUUGCAGUAGAUUUUCUUUAAAAGAAUGGGCAGUUACAUGCAUACUUCAAAAGUAUUUUCCUGUAAAGAUUAAAAAAAAGUUAUAUAGGUUUUGUUUGCUAUCUUAAAUUUUUUUUGGUUGUAUUCUUUGAUGUUAACACAUUUUGUAUAAUUGUAUCGUAUAGCUGUAAUGAAAUCAUGUAGUAACAAAUAUUAGAUGUGAUUUAAUAGUGUUAAUCAACUUAAACCCAUUUUAGUCUCUUUUUUUGGGAAAAAUACUGCCAGAUGCUGAUGUUCCGUGUACUUUCUCUUUGCCUGUUCAGUUAAGGAAAGUGGUGCUCAGUUGUAGAAUGUAUUGUACAGGCACUGACCUUUUAACAACACCUGAUAUGUACAUCCCGUGUAAUAGAGUGGGCAACAAUAAAACAGUGGUCCUGAAGAAUAUGGCAGAAAAUUAUCUGUAAGCACAGCCUAUUUUCUUCUGUUGUCCAAAACAAAUUAUAGUUCUUUAACCUCCCAGAAAUUAGAAGAUAAAUAAAACUCAAGUUACAUUUA